CUUGCACAUCUCAGUCAGCUCUCUGACGCCUUUUUCGAAAUGGCACCUGUUGCGGGGCCUUCAAAGGCCACUUCCUCCUAUGACUACACUGAGGGAGCGUCAACCGUCGAUAUCGAGGAAGCCGUGUCCAGCAGCAGGCGGGCCCGGCGGGAUUCCCAGCACAGUGCCAUAUACGGCGAGGAUGGUGAAGGUGCUAUAUUCUCUGGCCCUGGCCACAGCGACUUUGUCAACCCAAGCAGCGUAUCAAGGAUGUCUUAUGGAGAUCUCGGAAGACGUAGCAGCGAAGGAUACUCUCGCAGCCGUCGACUCAGCCAGGACUCGCGAGUCUCGGGCCGGCACAAGGUAUCGCGAAGAGACAGUGAGGUAUCGCGACAGAGCAUAGAGGACGGGUCCGACGAAGGCAAUCGCAGCACUAUGUCGUGGGAAGGCCGUCGAACGAGAGCGAUUUCUCCUACUCUUAAACCGAGCGUCUUCGAAAACAUUGCGAACCUCUUUGGCCGGGCUUCGUCACCAGACCAAUUGCGGCCUCCAGCUCUCUCCCGACGGUCUUCGCGUUCCCUGAGCAGACGUUCGCGUCGCAGCAGACGAUCAGAUGCAGGCUCUGACUAUGCUGUGGAUACUGAAGACGAUGAAGAAGAACGCUGGGGAUACUCUUCAGGGGAGGAAGACUCAGAGGAUGACGAUUCCCUUGCGAAUACUCUGCCUGAUAACAUUUCGGUGUCCGUGAGUAUGGAAUAUGAUUCAGAGCCACCAUCGCCUGGCGUGUCCCAAGGUCUCCCCUUGCUCGCUUCGGACCAGAUAUUCGCUGGUGAAUCACGAAUUGACAUGGAGAUACCUUUUGCUUUACUCCAACCUCCACCGCCAGGACCUCCGAGUCGGCAGACGAUUCACAUCCCUGAUGAAGACAGUACUAUACGCUUAAUUGGGUAUGAGACGAUUCCCUGGCGUCAAUGGGCCUGGCGUAUAGGAUGUGUCCUCUCGCUUGACAUCCUAGCUCUCUUAGGCCACUGGUUUCCUGUACUUUGGCUGCGAUGGUGUGCACACGAGAAGGCGUUUAUUGAUGCGAACAACGGGUUCGUUGUUGUAGAGUCAGCCUAUAGAGAUAUCGCCAUCUUCCCUAUCCACGCUAUCAAAUACCCGUAUCCUCUGUCCACGGUAUUCUCAGCGCCCCUAGACCCAACAUCCAUAAUAGACUCGUCUUCGAAGACUGCCGACGGACCAGACGCAGGGGAAGACAGUUUAACAGGACUUUUCGGUGUAGUAAGGGAUUGGCGGGAUACAUCUUUGGACGGUGUCGCAUCUAUUCAGAACGGUCUACAGGAUGACGUCCGCAAACAGCGCCUUACAUUAUUCGGUCCCAACGCCAUCGACAUCGAAGGUAAAUCUACCUUAGCUUUAUUAGUGGAGGAAGUGAUUCACCCCUUCUAUGUCUUCCAAAUUGCUAGUAUCGUUCUUUGGUCGUUGGAUGACUAUUACUAUUAUGCAUUUUGUAUUGCCCUGAUCUCCGUCAUAAGCGUAACAACAACGCUUAUAGAGACCAAGAAGACGAUUGCAAGGAUGCGAGAAAUGUCCCGACUAUCGUGUAAGAUGGAUACUCUGGUCAGUGGAAUCUGGACAGAACGGGAUUCGAGCAACCUUGUCCCAGGAGACAUUGUCAACCUCUCCAGUUCUGAUUUCACAAUAAUCCCGGCCGAUAUGUUUCUUCUGUCGGGCGAUGCAAUCGUCAACGAGAGCAUGCUUACCGGCGAGAGUGUUCCAGUCAGCAAAAUACCAGUCAAAGACGAGGACCUCCUGAAUUGGAAACAAAAUCAGCCAGAGAAUCCAAAGACUUACAUGUAUGGGGGAACACGCGUGAUUAGAAUUCGUGGAGCCCUAGGUUCCGAUGCAGGACCCGGACGACCUGCGCUCGCCAUGGUCGCUAGGACAGGCUUUAACACCACAAAGGGUGCACUUAUCCGCUCCAUGCUCUUCCCCAAACCAAUUGGAUUCAAGUUCUACCGGGACUCUGUUCGCUUUAUCUUUGUUUUAGCGGGAAUUGCGCUUCUGGGAUUCAGCGCCAGUGCUGUACAGUUCAUUCGAAUUGGACUAAAAUGGCAGACGAUCAUCAUACGCGCGCUGGAUCUCAUUACUGUCGUAGUUCCGCCCGCCCUACCUGCAACACUGUCCAUCGGUACCAGCUUUGCCAUUGGAAGACUACAAAAACUAGGAAUAUAUUGCAUAUCACCAAGUAGAGUCAACGUUGCUGGGAAGAUUAAUGUCUGCUGUUUUGACAAGACAGGCACACUAACCGAGGAUGGGUUGGAUAUUCUGGGUGUAAGAGCUCUUGAUCGCAACAGUCAAAGAUUCGGUGAAUUACUCGAUGACGACAAAGCCACGUUCUUGCAUGCUCUCGCGACCUGCCAUUCGCUGAAAAUGGUGGAUGGUGAACCUCUUGGCGAUCCCCUCGACAUGAAGAUGUUCUCGUUCACUAAAUGGACUCUAGAAGAAGGGCGGGUUUCUGGCACUGGUGUUAUCAAAUCAAAAUCUGGCACAAUCAUGGAACAAGCUGCCUUGGUUCAAAUCGUUGUGCGCCCUCCGGGAAGUGCCCAAUUUCGAUUAGAAGACGCUCUGAAAGGAGGCACGAAGCAUGCUCAUUUUUUGGAGUUGGGCGUAAUUAGAACAUUUGAAUUCGUCUCCAGCCUUCGACGAAUGAGUGUUAUCGUGAAGAGGCUCAAGAGCAGCAGCAUGGAAAUAUAUGUCAAAGGUGCACCAGAGGUUAUGGGCGAUAUAUGCGACAAAGAUUCUUUUCCGGAAGAUUAUGACGAUUUGUUAUCUUACUAUACAAAACGUGGCUACCGGGUCAUAGCCAUAGCAGGCAAGAGUAUCGAGGGUCUAUCGUGGUUGAAAGCCCAGAGAAUGAAACGAGAACAAGCCGAAAGUGGUCUUCGUUUCCUGGGCUUGGUCAUAUUUGAGAAUAAGAUCAAACCUGGAACUGGUCCUGCAAUCCACGCCUUGCGUUCCGCGCAUCUUGCCUGUCGUAUGAUCACCGGAGACAACCCCUUGACCGCAGCCAGUGUAGCCAGGGAGUGCGGUCUGAUCAAUCAGGCAGCUCAUAUCUUUUACCCUGUGUUCGUUCGAGGGAACACAUCAACACCGGAAUCCAGACUCCAAUGGCCGUGCACGGAUGAUCCUUCCUGGAUGCUCGAUUCGUAUAGCUUGAAACCCCUGCUUCCACUCGCUCAUCAUACCGUUGAAGCAGUUGAAAUCGACUAUCAUGACUAUGCACUUGUCGUGACGGGUGAUCGGAUGCUGGUGAAGACCCAGAUCUUUGCGCGCAUGUCUCCAGAUGAGAAAAAUGAGGUAGUAGAGCGGUUGCAAGCACUCGGGUAUACUGUACUGAUGUGUGGGGACGGCGCCAAUGACUGUGCUGCCUUGAAGGCAGCUGAUGUAGGUAUAUCGCUUUCAGAGGCAGAAGCUAGCGUGGCCGCACCAUUCACUGCGAGCACUCUGGACAUCGGCUGUGUCAUUGAGCUCAUCAAAGAGGGUAGAGCCGCCCUUGUUACGAGUUUCAGCUGCUUUAAAUACAUGGCAUUGUACUCGAUGAUCCAAUUCACUACAGUGACCCUGCUAUACUCGUUCGCGUCAUCUUUGGGCGACUUUCAGUUCCUUUACAUCGAUCUCUUCAUCAUAAUCCCCGUUGCCGUCACAAUGGGUCGUACUCUCCCCUAUCCUCGUAUCCAUCCGAAACGGCCAACAGCAAGCCUUGUAUCUAAAAAGGUUCUCAGCAGCAUCAUUGGGCAGAUUGUAAUCGCAUGUGUCGUGCAAAUCUGGGCUUACAUGUGGGUUCGUGGUCAGGAAUGGUACACACCUCCACGGGAGGACGAACCUUCGCAAGACAACAACCAGCUAAAGUCAAGGAAUUUUGAGAACUCUGUUUUGUUUUUGGUGUCAUGCUUCCAAUAUAUCUUGGUGGCUGCUGUCUUCAGCAUAGGGCCACCUUACAGAAAGGCUAUGUCGACGAAUGUUCUUUUAAUGCUGGCUAUAGGAGUCCUCUCUGCGUUCAACUUACUCGUGUUAUUGUUUCCACCGGCUGUCUUGACGGACUGGUUGACACUGAUGGUGCUACCCGCGCGUGCUAGGAUGGUGUUACUGAUGGCGGUGGUUGUCAAUAUUUGUGUUUCUCUUCUUUUCGAGCAGUAUGGUGCACAAACGGUGGCGACGGUCAUUGGAACGGUCUUAGGUUGGCAACGAGGUCGCAGGCGGGAGAGAGACGGAAAGGUGUACAAAGCGGUUGAGGGUGGAAUGCGGUGAGCUUAAUCAGGUAGUUUACAAGCCGGUGUAUUUAGAACUGUGAUGGUUCAUAUGUUACCAGCAGGUCAGGCCAGGCCCCGGUAUGAUUGCGU